UCUCCCCUCUUUCCCUCUCUCUCUCUCUCUCGCUUGAGGGUUUGUCUCCUCGCUCCUCUCCCUCCGGCCGCCCUCUUCGGAUUCGUUCCCGGAUCGCUCCCUCCAGUUGCCGGCUGUACGGGUUUCCGUUUCCCUGUCGACGUUGGACACCGGCUGUUUCUUUCCUCCCGUAGAAAGGGCGCUCUCGACCGGGCAACUCUUCUACCCGGCGGGAUCGGGCGCCGUUUUGAUAAUGUGGAGCGUCCGGAAGCUUCUCUGAGAGGCAAUCUAAGGGACGACGAUCGCGAAACUCAAAGCUGAAGCUCCUCUGCUUUAAUACUGCAGCUUGGCCAUCAAUCUAUCUCAUUCGAGCUCGAUCCACCUUAAAUGCUAGUUUUGCCUAAAAUCGGAAGUUUGCUUGAAGCGGCGCAGGAAGAUCCUUGGAGUUGCUGAAUGAUCUCUUAUGGAGUUGCUUCAUCGGCGGCACCUAUUCGCUGGUCCGAGCUUGUAGAUCUUACUUGUUUCUCGAGGCGGAUUUACUUGGAUUUGGAAGGGGACAGUUUCUUAGAAAUACUGGAGAAGAACCUAAUAUCUGGCAUACUGCGGAAAUUUCCUAGAUAGAGAAGGGAUUCUUCGUAUCCAUGCUGGAAGAGAGCAUGCGCGGCAUUCUAUCUUUGGGUGAUGCCCCUGACCAGACUCGCCACCGAUGCAUUCGGUGUGGUGACAAUAUCUCUCGUAGUUCUGUUGGUGUUGCUUGGUGUGUUUUGCAUUUUGUACCUACUUUUCUUCUGCUCUCGCAUCCGAAGAGAUGGAUUUCUACCACUGGGUUAUUUUAAUGGCCCUUGGGUGGUGCGUAUCAUGCUUAUUUCGUUAGCCAUUUGGUGGGGCUUUGGAGAAAUUGAGCGGCUCGAUCUUCUUAGAAGUGAAAGGAGGCUUCUGCAUUCCUUGAGCCGGCAAUGGCAGAGGAAUUUGUGCAGGCUGUAUAUUCUCUCAAACUUUGGCUUUGCAGAGCCGAGCCUCUUCGUCACUGUGGUGCUUCUGCUUCGUGGUUCUCUUCAGAAAAGAGACUCAGGGACGUUAAGCAGGCAGUGGAACGCAAGGACUAUUGCGCAUGUUCUUCUCUUUUGCCUGCCCGUUUUCUUCUUCCAGCUAGUUAUUCUAUUUGUUGGGCCCAUUUUCGUCAACAUGGAAGGUUCAGGAGCUUCAGAUAAUGGAUCGAAGAAAAUUCCCUUUUAUUUCACGCAGGCUUACACCAUUGAGAAAGACGAAAGUGGGACUAUUUUUUGCACGUAUCCGUUGCUGAGCACAGUUCUUCAUGGACUCUUUGCGUCCCUAUUGAUUGGUUAUCUCUUCUAUCUCGGGGCAAAAAUGGUGUCUCUGGUAAUCAAUGGAGGUCUCCAGAAAAGGAUUUACUAUUUGCUGUUCUCCGUUGUUGGUUUGCUCCCUAUCCGGAUUUUGUUUCUGGGAUUCACUGUAUUGUCAAAGCCAGGGGAGCUACCCUACGAAGUUCUUGAGUUCCUAUCCUUUCUAGCACUGUUGUGCUGUACAGCUGUUGCAAUUGGGAUUCUUGUCUAUUUUCCUGUUGCCGAUUCACUGGAACUGAGAGGCUGGAACAUAGAAUCUGGUACGAGGGGAGGUGGGACUGCAACAAGGGCCGCAUCGUUGGUCGUCAGCGAUCUUGAUGAUGAUAAUGCUUCACUCAUUGCUAACCAGAGCGUCGUUGAGUUAGUUUCCAGUGGAGGAAGGAACUCAGACGACGAAUCGACGAGGGGUGGGUCUAUCUCUUUUCGGACAAUGCUGAAAGAUGGCCAGUCAGGGGAACACGAGGAUGUCAAUCUUUUCUAUGGCAGCGCCUUGCGCCUUCCUUCUCCACCGGAGUCUCCAGCACUUCCAGGAUGGCCGAGGGCACCAGUCAGAGACGCCCCCCAUUCAUCUGCUCGAGAUGCAUCCAAUUGAAGUUCCCUUCCCUUCUCCACUAGUCUGUCUGUUUUGGUUCAAUAGUUGUAAUUCUUCUCACUUUUCUUUCCCCCUUUUGUCUUCUCUUCUUUUUUUAUAAUCAUGAAACGUACCAAAAUGCCGGGUUGAACUAUGAAAUCACAUUGUUACCAAGGUCUUCUGUGGUGAGAAGUACUGACUUGGCAGCAUCGGUAGAGAGUCACGGAUUUUGUCUCUGUGGCCUCUCAUUGUUUUCAAUUUUGUGAAAGUUAUGUAAAGGGCUUGAAGUUUAGAAAUCGACAAGGUUUGUGCUGCUUCUUGGUGGUGCGAACUUGUUCCUACUA